AAGCUAAUGAUCCAGAAGACAGACGCUGACGCUCAACUAGUUGAGUGAAAGGAUUGCGUCGUCCAUGGCUUAGGAAGAGGCAAGCAGAAAGCAGAAAUCGAAAUAGAUGGCUUGUUCAAGUCCAAGCUGCAACUUGUUCUUCAGCCGUUCCUCAAUACCAGUUUCAACCUCAGCCACUGGCUGUUCCCUGUCUUUCUCAAACUCUAUCUUUUGCGGAUACCAUGUGAUUUCCGGUCAUUGUGCUAGCUCUACCUCAAGAAUUCGUGCCAAGUUUGAGAAGUUCCAAGGCGAACCUCCUCAAGACAGUCUUCGAGAGGUCGAAACUUCAUCUUCACUAGAAAAUUUUGAGGAGGAUGACAGUUGCUUGCCUCCAGACUUGGAGGGUGCAGUGCGGCAAUCGAGUGAGGCCACUGCCGUUUUUGUGUCUUCAGGAGGAAUGAGAGCCAUAGUUGAGCUUUUAAUCCCCCAACUGCAAUUUUUAGAUGAUGAAGGGGCACAAGUGGAGCUCUGGGAAUUGUCAAGGAUUUUCUUGGACACACUUAUCAAAGAAACAGAAUGUCAGAGUGUUAAAGCCAUAUUUCCAGAUGCGGGAGCAGCUGCUCUUCUAAAAUAUCGGUGGAAGGAUGCUGCAUUUAAAUUUGCCAGUUUAAGCGAUCGAAGGCCUGUAGAAAGUGAGGACGAGAUCAUUGUCAUGGUCGUUCCUGAUUAUCAAAUGUUAGAAUAUGUUGAGAGAAUUGCAGCUGAUCUAUCAAAUGAUCCUCCGAGGCCUCUCAUCAUGUGGAAUCCGCGCUUGAUCAGUGAGGAUGUUGGGGUUGGAGUUAAUGUUCGGAAGUUAAGACGCUACUUUUUAAGCACUUUCACCACUGUUUAUUCCAUGCGACCUCUACCAUCUGGUGCAGUCUUCAGGUGCUAUCCCGGAUUGUGGAAAGUGUUCUACGAUGACAAGGAUAGGCCCAACAGAUAUCUACUAGCCAAGGAGUUCAUUAGUCGUCCUGACGCUGAGGAACUUGAGCUGAUAUUUGGCAGUGCAGAAGAGAAGUCAGUGCAAGGCCCAAAUUUGCUUGACAAAGCGGCAGGCUUAAUCUCCUCAAUAAAUCGGUUUAUGAAAGCCAUUUCAUGAGGACAUUUCCUCCUUUACUGGUUCGUGCACACCCACACCUAAAUUCUAGAAUAGCCUUAAAGCUGUAAUACGUUACGGUUUUCCCCGCUAUACGUUACAAUUCAUACAUUUUGAGAAUGUUGAUUUAUAAUAAUAAUAAUUUUAUAAUAAUCUCAACUAUUAAUUUAUAAA